AGACGCAGAAAAGCAGUUCACCCGCCCUUCCUCGCCACUCGUGAUGAAGCUUUCGCUCUUUCUCGUUGUCUCAACAGCUUGCCUGUGGGUGGCUGUCAAUGGAAACAGCGUAAACAGCAAACAAACCAAAAAUGACGUGUGCACCCAUCCCUUCGUGGACAUCAACGGCCGCUGUCUGUUCAUCAACAACUUCGCCCACAUGACCUGGGACGCGGCGCGCGCCUUCUGCGGCGGUUUUCAGGGCGACCUCGUCACGCUGGACGAAGCCAACCUGCUCGCUGACAUCGUUGACUUCAUCUACAAGGAAGGGCUGACCGAUCGCAGCUACUGGAUCGGCGGGAGCGUCAGCGCGCGGGCGGGCGCGUUCGUGUGGCCCGACGGCAGCCUCGUCCGGAUGGGCACUCCCUGCUGGGGCGUCCUUGGCGGCAGGCAGCAACCGGGGGCAGAGCCCAACGAGAAUUGCAUCGCUCUCAACAAAUACAAUUUCUUCUUCUUCGAUAAUUUCAUUUGCGAAAAAGAAAUCUCGGCGAUAUGCGAGUACAAAUUUCUGGACGAGGACUGAAGAUUCACCUUCACUUCGCCUUUGAUUAGAGAUCCCGGUUCCAUAUUUUUCAAAUAAACAAGAAAAACA